CAAAAAUAAAAAUUUGUAAACAAUGUUAGCAGGAAAUUUAUACCAAAUUUAUUGUAGGUACCUGUUGUUAAAUUUCGAUUAGAUGGCUGAUUAUCAGUGGCCUUGGGAAUACAAUUUCCCUCCGUUCUUCACGGUUCAAUCUCAUGCCAAAACCAAAGAACAUCAAUUAGCUACAUGGAAAUCGCUUUUGCUGGAUUAUCAGAAUCACAACCGGCAAGCAAUUUUGAACAUUAAUGAGGAUAGUGCUCUGUUCGUAAACGAAAGUAUAUCAAGGAAGUUGUCCCCCGAGGGACGCCUCUGGAUAAUGGAAGAAUUGACAAAAUCAGGCAAUGCAGCUCCAUUGGAUAAGCGCAAACAACAGUGGGAAGUAUAUUGGCAUACGCUGGAAGAGUGGAGCGCACUGGUUUAUGACUGGGCAGUGGCCAACGGAAUGACCAAUACUGUAUGUACGUUGUACGAACUAGUUGCCGGGGACACUAGCGUUGGGGAAGAGUUUCAUGGUUUGGAUCUGAAUGUAUUCAAAAAGGCGUUGAAAUUAUUAGAAACUAAAGGUAAAUGUGAAUUAAUUGAAUUUGACGAUAACGAAGGAGUGAAGUUUUUCUAAGACUAUUGACCAAUUUGUAAAUAUAUUUAAUCUUACCUCAUAAGUCGAUGUUUUCUUUUUUCCCCGUAGAAAUAGUCCAUUUAAAAUUUAUUUUGCAA